AUGAAGUGCCCCAGAGCUGGAUUCUGCAUUUCACCUAUUACAGGCUGGCUGAAUGUGGAGCUGAGUCAGAAGUUAGAGAACCAGGAUGCAGGCAGUUACCAGACAAAAGCAAUUACUGGACUUCCAGCUCCCACAGAAGAUGUGCUCUCUUCUUUGGUGCUGAAGGAAGCCCCAUCGAUGCUGGAACAAGAAGACCUAAGCAAUAGCUGCCCAGAAGGAGAGAUCAGAUCUGAAAUGAAGGUAAAUACAACAGAGGUUAGAUUUCCUGUGGAAGAAAUGGACCUACAAAGAUUCCUGAGUGAUGCUCGUAAUAAUUUUGUUUUCAGAGAAUUCUGUGUUGCACCUCAAACGUUGUCUCAUUUUGAACAUCAAAGAAUAUACACUGAGGAAAAAUCUAGUGAAAAUAAUCAGUGGGGAAAGACAUUUAUGCACAGGGCCAGUCUUGCUAGGCAUCAGAAAAUCCAUUCUGAUGAGAGACCUUAUGAAUGCAAGGAAUGUGGGAAGACAUUCCUUCAGAGCUCACAUCUUGCUGUACAUCAGAGAAUCCAUACUGGUAAGAAACCUUAUGAAUGCAAGCAGUGUGGAAAGACAUUCCGUGAGAGCUCAAAGCUUGCUGUACAUCAGAGAAUCCACACAGGUGAAAAACCUUAUGAAUGUAAGCAGUGUAGAAAGACAUUUCGUCAGAGCUCACAGCUUGCUGUACAUCAGAGAAUCCACACUGGGGAAAAACCUUAUGAAUGCAAGCAGUGUGGAAAGACUUUUACUCAUAGCUCCUGUCUUGCUCUACAUCUGAGAAUCCACACUGGGGAGAAACCUUAUGAAUGUAAGCAGUGUGGAAAGACAUUCAGUAAGAACUAUAAUCUUGCUGUACACCAGAGAAUUCACACUGGUGAAAAACCUUAUGAAUGCAAGCAGUGUGGAAAGACAUUCAGUCGAAGCUCACAGCUUGCUCUACAUCAGAGAAUCCACACUGGUGAGAAAUCUUAUGAAUGCAAGCAAUGUGGAAAAACAUUUAGUCAUAGCUCCUGUCUUUCUGUACAUCAGAGAAUCCACACUGGGAAGAAACCUUAUGAAUGUAAGCAGUGUGGAAAGACAUUCAGGGACAGUUCCAAUUUUAGUGUACAUCAGAGAAUCCACACUGGUGAGAAGCCUUAUGAAUGCAAGCAGUGCGGAAAGACAUUCAGGCGGAACUCACAUCUUGCUCUACAUCAGAGAACCCACACUGGUGAGAAAACUUAUGAAUGCAAACAAUGUGGAAAAACAUUCAGACACAGCUCCUGUCUUUCUGUACAUCAGAGACUCCACACUGGGGAGAAACCUUAUGGAUGUAAGCAGUGUGGAAAGACAUUCAGUCAGAGCUCACAGCUUGCUCUACAUCAGAGCAUCCACACUGGUGAGAAACCUUAUGAAUGCAAGCAGUGUGGAAAAACUUUCAGUUGGAGCUCACAGCUUGCUAUACAUCAGAGAAUCCACACUGGUGAGAAACCUUAUGAAUGCAAGCAGUGCAGAAAGACAUUCCGUUUGAGCUCAAAGCUUGCUCUACAUCAGAGAAUCCACACUGGGGAAAAACCUUAUGAAUGCAAACAGUGUGGAAAGACAUUCAGGCGGAGCUCACAUCUUACUGUACAUCAGAGAAUCCACACUGGUGAGAAACCUUAUGAAUGCAAGCAGUGUAGAAAGACAUUUAGUUGUAGUUCACAGCUUGCUGCACAUCAGAAAAUCCACACUGGGAAGAGACCUUAA